GGCGACCUUUUCGACUUCUAACAUUUCCAAGGGGGUUGAGUCCGUUUCAAGAUACUGAGGGGAGAAAAAGAACCGGGGUAGAUCCGAAAGGUUUUCUUUCUUUCUUUCUUUUUUUUAAUGAACGCCGGAAAGAGUAAUCGCCUCUUCCUCAGAAGGGGCUGCGUGGCAGACGAAAAGGCGACCCUCUUGCCUAAGCCGUCUGCGCAAACGAGGUUUCUCUGACCAUUUUAAGAUGCCGCCGGCCGCUCGAUUGGGAAUGGUGACGUGAUAUGCCUCUUGUAGCAACUGUUGCUGCCGUGGCUUGGAUCGUUCUUGUAUAUUCAUCUCAGUUUCUUUAUACUUCUUUUUUUUAUAAUUCUGUGCCUGCUUAUGAGAAGGCAUUAUAUUUCGUUUACUUUCAUCUAGGCCAGCGUUUCUCAAGUUGAAUUCCCCAGUCUAGGUUGCAAUGUCAAUUCCCCAUUGAUUUGGAUUGCAAAGCUCUAGCCUAGGGAGUUAUCAGAUGAUAGGAGGAAGCUCUCUUUCUUACCAUCUAAUAGUCAUCUGUAAAUUUGCAACCAUACGCUGUAGCCAUACAUCUGGACAUACCUGUAACAUACGGUAUGUUGGGUUAUGAUUGACCCAUAUUGGGAAUCUUGGCUAUGUUUGGAUUUGAUCCUGGAUUAUCUCACUGAAUAGUUUUAGUGACUAAAUUGCAUGUAAUUGACAGUUACACUGCAGAAAAAUACAUGGGAUGGUUAACAAAUUUGUAUUUUAUUUACCUUUCUUUGAUUUUUUUAACCCUUUCUUCCUUAUAAGAGGAUACUAUGAAAAAUUACUAGCAAGGAAGAAUGAUCCUGUUCUUCAAGCAUAAGGAUUGUUGGAAAAAAUGGCAUUCCAGGAAUGCACAGAAACAUCCUCAGUGUUCUUUAAGAAUGGAGUCAGGGAACGGAUGAAAGAAAAAAAACACGGAGUUUUAAAAACAGCAAAGAUGAAUGCUUCCCUGGCAUCAAAGAUUAAAACAAGAACAAUUAAUAAUUCCUCUAUAAUUAAGGUCUCCCUGAAACAGAACAACAAAGCAUUGGCUCUGGCCCUCAAUGCUGCCAAGAUAACAGCCCAGAAACUUACUGAUGACAAGAUGUGGCUGCAGAAAGAAGUAGAGUUGGGUCACUUUGAAAAUGCUUCCUUGCGCCAAAAGCUCUCCUCUGUGAAAAAAUAUAUUGAUGAACUGCAGCUCUUUAUGAACAGCUGCUUUCAAACUGCAAUCAAGCUGACCAGUUUUUCUGAGAGUGAUUCCUAUUCUUCAUUGCUGGAUAAAAGAGACCACAAUGAUUCUCAUGAUAUUUCUUGCAGUCAGGAUGGUAGCAACUGUCUUAGAAUGGCACAAAAAUUUAUGAGAAUUCCACUGUCUCAUGUGGAUGAUGAAGGAAGUGGCAGUGGCAGAAAGACAUCCACCAGUCUGGAGAAAUUCCCUUUAGAUCCAUUGGAAUCUGCUUUUGGUGAAACUUGGAGAAGUAUGUCUUUCCAGGAGGUAAAGAAGUCAUUCUCUUCUUUCACUGACAAAGUAUUGGCAAGCAGUGGAAAUAGUGAUCCAGGAUUACAUGGAGUAGAUGACUCUACUUUGGCAUUGAAUUCAAGCACAGUUUUUGGAGACAACCUUUGGAAUGUGCCACAGAAUCCCAGGAGCUGCUCACUAUCUAUCCUGGAUAAGAAUUAUCCUGUCCAUCAAUGUAAGGAUACUGCAAGAUCACACAGUGAUAGUAUAUUGAGUGAACAUGUGACCACGAGAAAAAAACGUAAAACAGGCCUUUCUGCUACAUUUGGAAACAGCCUAGAAACAGAAGUCUCGGACAAUGAUAAGCUGCAGGGGACAAAAGAAACAGAGUCUCUUAUUAAAGAGAAUCUUGAAAUCAGUCAAGUUGGCGAACUUAUUACACUGAGCACUAAAAGUGAAAGCUCUAUAAAGCUCAAAGUGAAGGAAACAAAAACUCUAGAAAAAGAUAAUGCUGAAACAAAGAACACAAAGUUUUCUACUAAUCAAUCAAAAUUAAGCUUCAAUAAUGAUAAUAAUGGAAGACCGGAUAUUAAUGUUGCAUUGUCAAAAACUAGUGAACUGAACAGUAGUAAUGUAAAACUUUCUAAGUCUGCCUGUCAUAUGGAAAAUUUAGAUCAGGAUAGGAAGGAGAAAUGUAGUUCCCAGCACUUAGGCCAAACAACACGAAACAGAAGAACCUUUGUGGUGGAGCCAAAUUGUAUAAAUAAUUACACAACUGAAAUUGAAAAAGGAAUAUACUUGGAAAAAAUGAAUUUGGAAAAUCAAUCCAAAAAUCCAGAGUCUAGAUCAUUAAGCAAUGAAAUUCAACAAAAUGAGAAAAGCUGUAGUUAUAGUACAAAAUGCCUUAAUAAAACCAAAAAUAAUAGAAGAACCAUUGUGCUGGAUCCAGGGCCUUCUAAUGAUAGGAACUAUUGUGCUUCUUUUCAACAUAUUAAAGAAAAGACAAACUUGGAAAACUUAGAUAGUUUAGAAAGACAGUUCCAGAGCCCAGAGUCUAAUUCAUUAAACACUGUCAAUACAGAAGAUUUAGUUGGUUUCCAGAAGCAAAUUCCUAGUCAAGAAGCAGUUUUAGGACUGAAUGUAAAGCGUAAAUCAAAGAAGAAGGUGCAUGAAAAUAAUGAAUCCCAUAGAUUAACUGAGAUGGAAGAACAGAGUUUAGGUAAUAUAGAUUCUGAACUUUCACAAUCAGAAAUUAAAAAGAAAAAACAUAGAGAUAAAACAAUGAAUUUUGAUAGGGAUACGAUACAGAGAGAACUUUCCAGUGCUAAUGCUGAUGUGUUUGAGUUGAAUGAAAAAGUUCAAAAAGUCAGUAAAAAAAAGAGAAAUAAAUCAAAAUGUAGGCCAUCUGUAUUUUCAAUGGGUGAUGAUGAUACCCUUUUUGAAGAAAAUAAUAGCUCAGUCAAAAAGAACUGGCAAACCUCAACCACCCUAAACAGUUGCUCUUUAACUAAAAAAAGUAGCCAUUCAGAGAAGACAAACUGGACUGCCAACAGCAAAGAGGCUGGCUUUAGCAAGAAAACAUGCAUUGUAAGUGAUUUGGAUAACAAAGGUACUGAUUGUGAGCCAUUCCUUCAAAGACCAGAGGAAUAUGAAAUCACUCAAACCAAUCAGAAAAAAUGGAAUUUUCUCCAAGUUCCAGACUGCGGCACUAUUGUGGAUAUUACCAAGACUUUGCCUCUAAAUCCUGAUUCUCCUUCAGUUGGCCUUUCUAAAAGCUCUAGUUAUGUUGAAGCCCAGGAAAGCCCAGAAAGAGAUUGUGCUUUGUCAAUAACCUCAACUGUCUUCAAGAAAAAUAUUAACCAACUUGAGACUUUUGGAAGAGAAGAGAAGCAGCCCAUACAAGCCAUUCCAGAAACAAGUUCAGAAAAUGCAGCCCUACAAGAAAAUGGAAACAAAAUACUGAAAGAUUUGACCAAUUCAGUCCAUUUUGAAACUUCUCCAAUAUAUCGAAGCCGACGAAGAAAAAAGGAUGUUUCCUAUGCAGAGCCUAACCUGAAUAGAAAACUGAGGCGUGGUGACCCCUUUACAUUGACUGACUUCCUCAGUUCCCCCAUCUACAAAACAAAAAAGAAGAACUUGACGAAAGGAACUGAAAUGUCCAGGAAAACCAAGAACAUUAAAAAAGGAAAUUCAGCUUAGAUUUGGUGAUUAGUCUUUAGACAAAGAAUAACACAAUUGUUUCCUAGGUGUGAGUUUUUUCUUAAAUCACCUAGUUUUAGCGAUUUCAUUUUAAAAAUAAAAAAAUUUUCUACAAAUAUUUGUUUCUCAAACUAGGUCUGUUGAAUUACAUCAGAUUUAUUCUACCUAUUUCAAGAUGCAUAUGUAAGCUAGCUAAAAUGUCAAAAUAACAUGAAAACUAAAAUCAGUAUUCUAUCCACUCGCACGUCUUCUAUAUUAUUAUCAUGUUAUUAUUUACUGCAAUAGAAGUCUAACUUUAAAGCUUCAUACAACAUCAGAGUCAGUAGAGUAAUCCAAGUACUAUAAAGGAAAAUAAGGCAAAGUCAAGACAUUCAUUUUGCUUGGAAAGCAGAUUUCACGUAAUCAAAACUUAUUUUCAUGUAGAAAACAGUAUAAGAAAAAAUAUAAAAAAUACAUUAUGGAGAAAUGUUACUUUGUUGUAUGACAGAUUAAUGUAUUCAGAGAUUUUGAAAUAAUGUUUCAGUAAUUUGUGUAAAAUUGUUCACUUCUUAAAUCAAUAGAAUUAUAAAUGAUAUUUUUUAAUAUCCAAAUGAAUCUUAUCUUUGUUCUCAAAGAAAGGAUACUAUAGUUUAGCUUCCACUGUACUUUAAAACUUUGAAUGUAUAAUUAAGACAGCUUUAUUUUUUUGGAGGUAACCAUCUUUUUUUUAACAGAAAUAUUACAUGAGGAGAAAGUAGUAACAGUUUUCCCAGUGGGAGGAUGUUAAAAUAUGUCCCAUCUCAAAUCUAGAUCUUCUUUAGAAUUUGUUGUGGGGACAGGCAAACACAAUUGUAC